ACAGGCAAGGGCCGCCAUUUUGACUGAGCAACCGUAGUGACAGGAGCCGAAGAAGCAGUGCAGGUUGUCCCCGUUUCCCCUCCCCCUUCCCUUCUCCGGCUGACUUCCCGGGCCCCCUACACUCCACAGUCCUGGUCCCGCCAUGUCCCAGAAACAAGAAGAGGAGAACCCUGCGGAGGAGACCGGCGAGGAGAAGCAGGACACACAGGAGAAAGAAGGUAUUCUCCCUGAGAGAGCCGAGGAAGCAAAGCUAAAGGCCAAAUAUCCAAGCCUAGGACAAAAGCCUGGAGGCUCCGACUUCCUCAUGAAGAGACUCCAGAAAGGGCAAAAGUACUUUGACUCAGGAGACUACAACAUGGCCAAAGCCAAGAUGAAGAAUAAGCAGCUGCCAAGUGCAGGACCAGACAAGAACCUGGUGACUGGUGACCACAUCCCCACCCCACAGGAUCUGCCCCAGAGAAAGUCCUCGCUCGUCACCAGCAAGCUUGCGGGCGGCCAAGUUGAAUGAUGUUGCCCGGGGCUCCGCCAGAUCCUGAGAUGCUGCCCUCCUGGGUCCUGUGCUGGCUCCUGCCCCUCCCUGCUUUUGCAGCCAGGGGUCAGGAGGUGGCUCGGGCGUGGGCUGGAGAGGCAGAAGCCCCUGCCCGGCGGUGUCCCAGCGCAUGGGGCCCCUUGGGCUGAGCACCAAGACCCUGAACCUUUUUUGUUUUACCUUUUUUCCAAAUAACUGUUGGGAGAAAUCUCAGUGAAAUCCUGGCGGGGAUGGGAGGGGGUGGGUGGGGUGCGGGUGUGGUGUUUGAGAGGGUGGGGUGGGAAAUUUGGGGGGAAUAUGAAAUAGGGCUUGGAGUUGAUAAAAACAUGCCUGACUGUCCUCAUUCCUAACCAUGUGGCUGGUGUGGGAUGGGUGUGAGGGGGAGGAGUGGAGUAGACUCCAGAGGAGGAGUUCCAGUUCAGCUCUGUAGAAAAAUGCCUUGUUUGCUUGGAUGCGGCUGGGGAUCUGGUGUCAGAUAAAAGAAACUGUCCGUCUAAAUAUGACAGAUGCAAACAGCUCCUCUGGUUCUGCAGAGCAAGCUGAGAACACAAUUAAUGUUAAUUGUUCAUUGAAAAAAGUUAUGUCCUUGAAAUAGAUUUACUGUGGGGAGAAGGGCAGUGAGUGUGGGGAAAGGGGGCCAUGAGCGUGGGGAGCCCCACAGAGCCCAGGAGACUUUUUCAGUAUUUGAAAUAAAAAAAAAAAGAAGACAACCCACAAAAAAACACAACCCAGAAA